AAGUUUUUUUGGUCUGAUGGCCUGGACAAGGAGGGGUUUUCUUUGGUCCCUACUCCCUACCCAUCUCGUGCUCUGACUGGACUUUGGUCAACGAUUCGUUACAUGGAUUCACAAACCCGAAGCUGGUUGAGCGGUUUCACAAAACCUUGCUACUGUUCUACUCCCCCUUGUUUCUCUACUAUAUAAACCCCUAAACCCCUUCUCAUUAUUCCACACUUCAUUUCCUAGUUUUUCUCUCUCACUAUCCCUUUCAUCUCGAUCUCUUCAAGCCUUCAAAUUUGGUUAUUACAACAUGUCUCCUGCAAUGGCGCUGAAUACUGAGACAAGGGAGGAUGAUACAGUACAGUACCAGAAAGGAGUGAAGUACCUAUCUGAUAGUGGCAUAAACCAAGUUCCCAACAAGUACAUAUGGCCUGUUUCCGAUCGACCCAAUGUGAAUGAUGGGGAGCUCAAUCAACUCAAGAAAACUCUCAAGCUGCCCAUCAUUGAUUUCUCAGAAUUGCAAGGUUCCAACCGGCUACAAGUCCUCGAGUCUCUCGCUAAUGCUUGCGAGCAAUAUGGUUUUUUUCAGAUGGUAAACCAUGGCAUUCCAAGCGAUGUUAUAAGCAGUAUGAUCGACGUGGGCACAAGGUUUUUCGAGCUCCCAAUGGAAGAAAGAGCAAAGUUCAUGUCUUCCGACAUGCGUUCGCCGGUCCGAUAUGGGACAAGCUUUAACCAGACCAAAGACACUGUUUUUUGUUGGAGAGACUUCUUGAAGCUAAUGUGUCAUCCCAAUAUGUCAGAUGUUCUCCCUCAUUGGCCUUCUUCUCCCGUAGACUUGAGGAAAUCGGCUGUUACCUACGCAAAAGAAACAAAACACUUGUUUCUAAUGCUAAUGGAGGCCAUCCUAGAAAGCUUGGGACUUGUGGGAACCACAGAGAAGACGACAGAAGAAGAUGACAUUUUAAAGGAAUUCCAAGAUGGGAGCCAGCUAAUGGUUGUCAAUUGCUACCCUCCAUGCCCCGAACCCAAUCUAACGCUAGGAAUGCCACCUCACUCCGACUAUGGAUGCCUUACACUUCUUCUCCAAGAUGAGGUCGAGGGUUUACAGAUUCAAUUCCAAGACAAAUGGGUCACUGUUGAACCAAUCCCCAAUUCAUUUGUUGUCAACGUUGGUGAUCAUCUUGAGAUCUUCAGCAAUGGAAAAUACAAGAGUGUUUUACACAGAGUCUCAGUGAAUUCUAAGAAGUCUCGGAUAUCGGUGGCUUCUUUGCAUGCUCUUCCUUUCGAUAGAAUGGUCAAGCCAUCGCCUAAACUAAUCAACGAAGCGAAUCCAAGGCGUUACAUGGACACGGACUUUUACAGUUUUCUUGACUACAUUUCAUCCUGUGAACCCAAGAGGAAGAAUUUCUUGGAUUCUAGGAAAUUAGGUUGAAUUAAGGAAAUUAAGUGAAAUUCAGAAAUAUUGGAAAAGACGUGCAUGUUCACUUUUCUAGCAUCAAUUUUAUGAAAUGGAAUGUACCUUUUCUUUUCUUUUCUUUUUCUUUUUCUUUUUUUUCUUUUCUGUUUUUUUUUUUAGAGGGUGAAGGGUGACGAUAUAUCAAACCCUAAACAUGCUGUAAACUACUAAACCCGACCUCACCUGCUGGUGUUAGAAGACAACUGCAAUUGAAAUUUAGUGUGAAUCAGCCAAUCUAGGCACAUAGAUUGUGUCGAGGUUGAUCUAGCUAGCUAGCUAGCUAUAUUAAUUGUGUUUGAAAAUAAUAAAUAUAUCUAAAGCUUUUUGUAUUUUUA